AUGGUCUGCAGCCUUUGCUUGAGCUUGAUGCGUAUCGAUUCGGUACAGCCGGUUUAUAAACCGAUCGCCAUCCUCGUCACCACCUUCGCUCCUUUCCACCACACCAUCAUCACCUCCAAUACGGUCCUUCUCCGUUGUAGAAUCAUCACGCCGAACCACAUAGAAGUUGCGUUAUUCUACCUCAAGCUCGACGCUCAGGGAAAGGCGUGGUAUGCGGAGCGGUAUGGAAGCCUCGAUGUCAGCGACGAGAUUGUGCCCGAGCGUCUCUGGGUGUUCCCUGACGUUCACGUGCUGAUCGACGAGUACAAGGCUUGGCGUGCCACCCUCUCCACCACUGUGCCGACGCCGACCGAGAUCGAUCGAAAGGCCUAG